AUGGCACCUGGCUUGCGAACCGACUCGCUGAUUGUCCUAAAUCCCGUUUCUGUGGACUAUCUCUUCUGGGACUUGAUGGAGCUGUUCAAAGUGGGAGGUUUUUGUCCAGAGACGAAUUACCUGUUCAUGGGCGACUUCGUAGACCGAGGGUUCUACAGCGUCGAAACCUUCCUUCUCCUACUGGCUCUCAAAGUCCGGUACCCCGACCGUAUAACCCUUAUUCGUGGAAACCAUGAAUCUCGUCAAAUCACUCAAGUGUAUGGGUUCUACGAUGAAUGUCAGCGGAAAUACGGGAGUUCGAACGUGUGGAGAUGGUGCUGUGAAGUUUUUGACUACCUCGCGUUGGGCGCUAUCGUCGAUGGGCGGGUGUUCUGCGUACAUGGGGGCCUAAGUCCGGCACUAUCGAGCAUCGAUCAAAUCAGAUCCAUCGACCGGAAACAAGAAGUACCACACGACGGGCCAAUGUGUGAUCUACUCUGGAGUGAUCCAGAUGACAUCUCAGGUUGGGGCCUCUCGCCACGCGGUGCUGGAUUCCUCUUCGGCGCAGACAUCACUCGCCAAUUUUCGCACAACAACGCCAUCGACCUCAUCGCCCGUGCCCACCAGCUCGCCAUGGAAGGCUAUAAAUUGAUGUUCGAUAAGAUGAUUGUGACGGUGUGGAGCGCACCUAACUAUUGCUAUCGAUGCGGAAACGUUGCCUCCGUCCUCGAACUCGACGAGCACCUCGCGCAGGAAUACAAAGUAUUCAGUCACGCGCCGAUGGAUAUCCGGUCUAUCCCUGCUAAACGACCGCCUGCGGAUUACUUCUUGUAG